AUGAGUAUGUUCCUCUCUGUGUUUGUUCGGAGACUGGGAAAUUUGGCGCAGUACGUUAACAAGAGGAAAUUGUUAGAUCAUGGCUGGAUUAAAGCCGACAAAUUGUUGGAACCGCCGUUUAACAAGUUUUACAAGGUGAGCUUCUCUCGGAGUUCUGGGCCCGGUGGGCAGAAAGUUAACAAAACUUCAAGUAAAGUGACCUUGACCGUAGACCAGAACCAAUUUUAUCAGGGCGUCAAGCUGCUCUUGCCCCCGGAUGAAUUGGUGAAGCCGUCAAGUGCUGUGGAUGAAAAGCAAGUUCGAAACCAAUUGCUGUCACUUCUCUGGGCAAAUAACAGGUAUUUGAAAAGUCAAGGGUUGGUGAUUCAAAGUGACGUCUACAGGAGCCAGUCGGAGAACUUGAAGGAAUGCUUGGACAGGUUUCUGGGUGAAUUGCAGAAUGGUUUGAAAUGUCUGGGUCUACUAGACAAGGAGACCAGUGAAGAGGAUAAACAAAAGUGGGAAAAGCGUCAUCUCCUGAAUAGAGAAAGACGGCUUGCAGAGAAGAAGAAGCAUUCAGAAAAGAAAAAAUUGAGAAAGCAGGCUUUUUGGUGA